AUCAAAACCAAAGCAUUAGUAGCAACUGAUCAUACAGAAAGCCAUGGCUUCUCUGGCAAGCUUAGCUGUUGUUCAACCAUCUACUGUUAAGGGCCUUGCUGGAACUAAGCUCUCUUUCAAGCCCUCUCGCCAGAGUUUCAGACCCAAGAAUUUCAGGAGUGGUGCUGUGGUAGCAAAGUAUGGUGACAAGAGUGUGUACUUUGAUUUGGAGGAUCUAGGCAACACUACUGGUCAGUGGGACUUGUACGGCUCCGAUGCACCUUCACCCUACAACCCUCUUCAGAGCAAGUUCUUCGAGACAUUUGCCUCUCCAUUCACAAAAAGGGGAUUGUUACUCAAGUUUUUGAUCCUGGGAGGUGGUUCCACCCUGGCAUACUUCAGUUCCACAGCUUCAGGUGACAUUCUACCAAUCAAGAAGGGCCCACAACUUCCACCAAAGCUAGGUCCCCGGGGCAAGAUCUAAUUAAGUUUCCCAAUUCCAUCUGUUUAGCUCCUUCCCCCUCCCCUUCUUCUUUUGAAUUGAACAACGUGUAUAUCUCUGCUUGCAUAUAACGUGUAAGUAUGCCUAAAGCUUACUUCUAUUAAAUGAUGUUCAUUUCCGGUCCAAUAGAGUGUUCAGAGUAAUAAUUAUUUACUUUUAUCAAC